AAAAGGCGUAGUUUGGGAGGUACUUCAUCGCAGCAGUCCAAUCAGAGAGCCGGAGUAUGUGGGCGGGAGUCUAAAGGGGAGCGUUUAAUGUUCCGCGCUGCAGCUGCGAGUCCAAAACUUGUCGGCGAAAUGGCGGAGACGACGGACAGGAUGGAGGUGUCCCAGGGAGAGAGCUCAGAGAAGCCUGCGGCUGAAGACAUGACGUCCAAGGACUACUACUUUGAUUCCUAUGCUCACUUUGGCAUCCACGAGGAGAUGCUUAAAGAUGAAGUGCGAACUCUCACAUACAGAAACUCCAUGUUUCACAACAAGCAUCUGUUCAAAGAUAAGGUGGUGUUGGAUGUGGGCAGUGGAACUGGCAUCCUGUGUAUGUUUGCAGCUAAGGCUGGUGCCAAGAAGGUUAUUGGGAUUGAGUGCAGCAGCAUAUCUGACUACGCUGUGAAGAUUGUCAAGGCCAAUAAGCUAGAUCAUAUUGUGACCAUUAUCAAGGGCAAGGUGGAGGAGGUGGAGCUUCCAGUGGAGCAUGUAGACAUCAUUAUCUCUGAGUGGAUGGGCUACUGUCUCUUCUACGAGUCCAUGCUCAACACUGUGAUCUAUGCCAGAGACAAGUGGCUGAAACCUGACGGGCUGAUCUUCCCUGACAGAGCCACUCUUUACGUCACAGCUAUUGAGGAUAGGCAGUACAAGGAUUACAAAAUCCACUGGUGGGAGAAUGUCUAUGGAUUUGACAUGUCCUGCAUUAAGGAGGUGGCUAUCAAGGAGCCACUGGUGGAUGUCGUUGACCCCAAACAGCUUGUCAGCAGUGCUUGUCUCAUUAAGGAGGUGGAUAUCUACACAGUGAAGAUUGAGGACCUGUCCUUCACAUCACCCUUCUGUCUGCAAGUGAAGAGAAACGACUACAUCCAUGCUCUGGUUACCUAUUUCAACAUUGAGUUCACGCGCUGCCACAAAAGGACUGGGUUCUCCACAAGCCCAGAGUCUCCAUACACCCACUGGAAGCAGACAGUGUUUUAUCUGGAUGACUACCUGACUGUGAAGACGGGAGAGGAGAUCUUCGGCACCAUCAGCAUGAAACCCAACGUCAAGAAUAACAGAGACCUGGACUUCACUGUAGAUAUUGACUUCAAGGGUCAGCUGUGCGAGAUGUCCAAGACAUCAGAGUACAGGAUGCGCUAGAACCCCUGUAGUAUUAGUCUGUUUUGUCUGGGGCAACUGAUCUUGUCUGGAGGGAGAUCAUUGCAUGUUUCGUGUGUGAGCUCAUUCAUUUUAGAGAUCUGGUCUUAUGCUUACAGAACAUCACAGGUGAAGUUUUCAGCUUUUAUAUGGACACUUUGAAUUUAUUUUGAAAUGACCACACCAGAGGAGACUUGACCUGACCCUUUUUAAGUGUGCAAUACUUGGAUCUUUUUUUUUUUUUUAAACCUUUUCACACAUCUGAGAUACCUCACCUCUAUGAAGACAUGUGCCCACACAAACAUGCACUGCCUCCCUCUUGCCUGUACAUAGCGUUCAUGUUCAGUCACUGCAGUUGUACAGUCAUGAACCCCUGUUACGGCAACACGUCCUUGUCCCCCCUUUUUUGUAUUUAGUUUGUUUCUAAGAAGAGCCUCCUGUUUCAUUGUCCCUCCAUCAGUCAGCAUAUCUGUGUUGGUCGUGGGGAGAUGGGGAGCAGUUGUCCGUCAUUGUAUCUUUAAAAUUCCAUUCAGGCAGUCCAUAGUCUACAGUGUUAAAAUAUAUCUUGUCCUACCGAUGUAAUAAGGUUGUUCUGAGCCCUGCCCUGUGUCCCAGUUUUAUCUGGUUCUGCCUGUUCAGUGUACAGUAGAGGGUGCCGUAAUAAGGUCCCUUGAAGGGUCAUUCUAGUUUCUUAUGUUUUGACUAAUGCUAGCUACCCUGUGGUCAACCAGUUUUAAACCCAUUCUUCCUCUCUUAUUGGGAGUUAAGUGAGGGAGAGCACAAUUACAGUGGCUGGGUAGAAGAUGCAUGAUUUUAGCCUUAUGCUUUAGUUCUAGGUGCUGUUGCAAGUCAUGGAGUGAUGGAAUGAUUUCCCUUUCCUUCUUGCAGUCUAAAUUUAUCUUUCCAAAGUGGCCGAUCUGGUUAAGGUUUGUCUUCUACCCACCAUUUGUGCUGUAAGCACUUAAACAAGUGGGGUCUAGAUUGUUUAAUGCAGAUGGUGACCCCUAUAGACCUGUUAAAGGUUGUUUCCCAUAAUUAAGCCUAGUUUUGGGCUUUAUAAUAUUGCUCCUGUUAAUGCCUGGGCUUCAUGCAUGUUUGAGAAAGCAAUUCCUCAUUUCCCCCAAGAGCUGGUGUUUAGAACACCUGUUGAGCCUAGACAGGUUAUUUUUUAUCUUUCUGUGAAUGUUGGUCCAAGACUAGGCUUAAACUCGCACUCUACUUUGUGUUGUGGGGUCUAGUUCUUCUCUGGAGGUGCAAAUUGAAUUGCGUUUAUCACUUGUCUGGGGUACAGCUGGCUUAGGAGUAUGUCCAAUAGAAUUGUGUUCAUCUUUUUUCCUUUUUUUAAAUAAAAAUAAAGUUUGGGGAGAAA